AUGUCAGAUUAUGAGAAUAAUAGAGCAAAAGAAAAUAGUUUGCCUACUAAGCAGAGGAGGCAUCCUCACCAAAAACCAAGAGAACUAAUAAAAGCACUAAUUACUGCUACUACCCAAGAAGGAGAUUUAGUGAUUGAUCCUUGUGCUGGUUCCUUUAUCGUUUUAGAAAUUUGCCGAGAAUUAAAAAGAGAUUACUUGGGAACUCGAAAAACUGCUACUAAAGAAUUACUAAAGGAAGAAUCUCAAAAUCUUAACUUUUAUCCUGCUCCGGGAGUUCGUUAUCCUCGCAAAAGUCUCCGGAUUUUGCAAUUUGCGACCAAAGUCUCGCUUGAUUUUGACUCCCAAGUGAGAGAGAUAGCUAAUAAAGAAGGAAUUUAUAUUGCUGAAGUAUUAGAGAGAUGUUUAGCCGCUUAUUUAUAUUGCAAAGAUAAAGGAAUAAAUGAACUAAAAAAUAUUUUGGAUAUUAUUGGAGAAAAGAAAAUUCGCCAAACUUAUCAGUUAGAAACUGAGAACCGUCGCCUAAUUCAGACUUAUUUAAAGGAGCGGAGGAAAGAAGAAAAGGAAGUAAAGAAAGUGGCUAAAAAAGAGAAACAAGAUAAAAAAGAUUUAGUCAAAUAUGGAAUUAAAAAGGAACCUUUAACUUGGGAAGAUAUUGCAAAAGGAACUAAAGAAAAUUAUGAGCCAAAAAAACGCAGCCAAAUCUCAAAAAAAUAA